AUGGCUACCCUUACGAAAUUGACAGCCUUAGCUAUCCUUUUAAAUAGCUGCUACGCAGGUAUUUUACAUGGACACAGUCAUCAUGAAGAUCAUAGCCAUGGUUACCCAGCGGCACCACUUUCCAGCUUAUUCUCAGCAUCUUCUUCAAAUGCCUUGGCAUCGUCAAGUUUCUCUCCCAGUUCAUUUCCAGUUGGAUCUCUACCAUCUGCUACUUAUUCUGGUGACAGUCAUAUAGGAAGUGGUCUCUCGAACGGAUUUGGACAUGUAGAAAGUGGUCACUCGAGUGGAUUCGGACAUGUAGAAACUGGUCACUUGAAUGGAUUUGGACAUGUAGAAAGUGGUCACUCGAAUGGAUUUGGGCACGUAGAAAGUGGGCACUCGAGUGGAUUCGGACAUGUAGAAAGUGGUCACUCAAGUGGAUUAGAUGCUGGCCUUAUUGGUAGUGGUUAUUCCAAUGGCUAUGGUUCUGGUGUUAUUGGAAGUGGAUUCAGUACUGGUAUUGGUGGAAGUGGCCACUUAACUGGAUUCGGUGGGGCUAAUACUGGUUUCGGUACAGCGGGACUCACUGAUGUUUCUGUUGGCAGCAAUGGAUUUGGAGCAGUUGGAGCUGGAGCUGCUCUUCCUGGUUCAGCAAUUAUUGGAAAUAAUGCACCACCUGCAGGACCAAAAGCUCCAGUUAUCACUGAAAUUCAUGGCCUUGCUAACAAUAAUGGUGCUCCUACAAAAUACCGUGUUCGUGAUGAAACUUACCAAGUAUUUCGUGAUGUAACACACAGAGUUCCCCAACCCGUUCCCGUACCGGUUCCUCAAACUGUUCAAAUUCCUGUUCCACAGCCUUACCCUGUCCAGGUCCCUGUUGUAAGAAACAUCCCCGUUCCCGUUGUUAAGAUCCAGCACGUGAAAGUCGACAGACCCGUACCUUACCCCGUAGAAAAAAUUGUAAAAGUGCCAGUUGAGAAAGUUGUUCAUGUGCCAGUCGACCAUCCCGUGCCAGUUGAGAAAAUUGUCGAAGUGCCCGUUGUAAAACUUGUCAAAGUUCCAGUCCAUGUCGUGAAGAAUUACCCAGUACCCUUGUUCAAGACUGUUCACCAUAAGGCCCACUCCAGCCACGGUCAAAGCUAUGGCCACGGUAACGGUCAUGGUCACGGUCACGGCCAUGGUCACGGCCACGGACAUGGAUUGUCCCUGUGGCGUUGUACCAAAAUGGCGACGUCUAUGAUCAGUAUAAAUAUGUGGUUACGUUACGGUAUCAAAUCACAAACUUUCCGAACUCGGGGCAAACAACAACAACAACCUUUGUUGGCAGGCUUUAAGCGUUUAGCUAAUAGCCAUGGCGUCAAGACGGUUUUCCUGUCAGCGCUAGUGUACAGUGCAGCAGCUGGUAUAUUGACUGGUCAACACGAUCAUGAUUCCUAUGUAGAUUCGGCACUUAGUGCGCCCUCUGCAUCUUAUGGUGCACCCUCAAAUUCUUAUGGGCCACCUAAUUUAUCAGGGUCAGGAAAUUCAGGCUUCAGUGCGCACUCAUCAAACAACGGCGGUGUUUUGCAUGAACAACAUGUGAGUGGACACAAUGUGGGCAGUACUUCUUCAUUCGGCAGCAUUGGACCUGCUUUAUCCAGUGGACCAUCUUCAUUUAACAGCGCUGAUUUUACCAACAGUGGCUCAUUUUCAAGCGGUAAUGCAGGUGGAAGCAGUUCCGCUUUAAGCGGCGAUAUUGGAAGCACUGGCUCCUUUGUUAGUGGUGGCGAUUUAGGUGGCUCUGCUUUUAAUGGAGCAUCAGACUUCGAUAAUACUGGAGCAAGUUACAAUGAUGCAGGAUUUAGUGGUCCUUCUUUUUCUGGUUCAGCUACUGAUGGAGGAUCUCCCGGUUUUAACAAUGCGCUCCUCCCUGAAGCCAAUUUUGGAGAUUCAGGCCUAUCAGGUGGAGAUCUUGUCGGCGUUGGAGGUGGACUAAAUGGUGGUAGACUUACUGUAUCUGGAGCCCCGAGAGUUAUUGGAACUUCGGUUUCAGUUGGCCGCCCUAUAGCUCAGGCUUCAAGAUAUGAAUUGCAAUCUGUGGUGCAGAAUAUCAUCCGUCGCAUUCCAGUUGAAGUAACACGCCAUAUACAAGUUUCUGUACCCCAACCCGUCCCAGUUCCUGUGCGUAAAGAAGUAAAAGUUCCCGUUCCUCAACCCUACCCCGUUCAUGUAGAUGUCGUCAAACAUGUACCAUAUCCCGUAUACAAAACUAAACAUGUUGAGGUAGAUAGGCCAGUACCCGUUGAAGUUGUUAAACAUGUACCAAUCGAAGUUAUUAAAAAGGUUCACGUACCUGUUGAGAGACCUGUGGAAGUAAUAAAGAAAGUCCAUGUACCAGUUGAGAAACAUGUCGAGGUCCCAGUAGCAGUUUGGAAACCUUAUCCAAUCCACAUCAUCAAACACGUCACCCAUUACAAAAAGAAGAGCUGUUGCUGGUGAAAUAAGUCAUGAUCGUGCCAAAUAGUCAAAUAUAGUUGUAAAUACUUUAGUCAUUAGAUGUAUAUACGUAUAAUAGGUAAA